UACGAAUAUUAUCGUUGAAGUUGAUAUGACGGUUAUGUGCCAUAAUUGUGUCCGUUAUGUGGAAAAUAUGUGUUUAGUUUAAAUAGUUCGCGUUAUUAUCUUAGAGAAAAGAAAGACAUUGAAAUUGAAUACAUGUGUUGACACAUUAAGCGGUGGGAUAACUCUCAACAAAACAGCAAGGCACUAUUUGUAAUAGUAAUGAAUAGUAAUCUUGCUAUGUUGUUUUAUUACUACUUAAAUAUUAUCGACACUCCCCGGAGUUUCAAUUUUAUAAGCUUUUCAUAUGCAGCAAUGUAAAGAAUGCGUACAAAUACUUUGUUUUCUACAAGAACACGGACUCUACGCUUGUGAACCGCCCAGAUGUACCGAGAUAAAAAAAGGGAAAGGUCGCCCUGGACAGAGUAUUGUAUUGAUCAUUGUUUACAACAUACACACCGGAAUUAAAACAAAUACUUCCAUUACUGAGUUUAUUAUCUGCCAGAUGAAUGUGUAUUAAGUUCAAUUUAUAUAAAUUGUUUUGAUUGUGCAACGACGAUGACUAGAACUACGUUAUGUUGUAUAUUGCUGUGCACGAGCUUGUUAGCACGUGCCUCAGUGACGCAGACGACACUACAAGUUGUUUGGAUGGUUCCAUUUACGUCACAUCCGACUGCAAGUUUCGUUCACAAUGCCUCUUCAUCGGUAGCGGCAUUGGCGCUUGGUUUGGAGACUAUACGUAACGAGUCUAUACUGCCUGGUCAUGUGAUUAAUGUCACGUUCAUAGAUACGAAGUGCAACAGCAAGCAGAGUAUUGGCGCCAUCUUUGAUCAUCUUCUGCAACACGGAGUUGACGUCAUCUUUGGACCACCAUGCGCAGACGUUGUCAAGUCUGUUGGAGAGCUGAUGUCCUACCGAAACGUGGCUCUGAUCAACUGGGUGUCCGUCGGUCAGACCAUCACAUACAAGGACGAGCUGACCACCUACAUGCGCACCAUGGCGCCAAUAUCGUCUUUAGGCGGCAUCAUGAUGUCGUUCUACGACUACACGGGCUGGCGGCGCUUCGUGAUAAUCUCCAUCGAUCGCGCGGAGUACCGGGCGGCCGCAGCCACCAUCGAGAGCAGCAUACGGUUGUACGAGAUCAAAGGCUUCUUCGUGGCGCACCACUACAGUGGCGUCAAGCGCAACAGCUCGGUCGCCGACAUUGACCUCAUGUUGAACAAUAUCAUCCGCGAAGGAAGAAUAAUUAUCAUGCUGAUCCCACGGGAGGAGCUGCGAAAGUACAUGCUGCGCGCGCAUGCACUCGGGUUGACCAAAGGAGACUUUCAGUUCAUCUUUACCGACACAAAGAUGAUAGACGAUGACGACGUGAGAUUCCUGAGCAGCGGCGAAAUAUGGCGACGGGGAGAAGCAGACGACAUGGUCGCCAGACAGGCCUUCCAGAACGUUCUAUAUUUUUGCCUUGGCCACACCACUGCCCCGGUAGCCAGCUGGCGGGACGGUGCAAUGGCCGCAUUCGAUAACGUGUUCCAUGGACGCACGGACGCUCCACUUCCGUCAGAGCCGGACGAGUAUUCCGCAUAUCUGCACGACACGGUCAUCUACUACGCCCGCUUGCUCAACCAGUCCCUCUCCAAUAACUACACGGGAAGUGGCGAUGACCUCUUCGACUUUGGGGACACCGUCUAUUUCCCAGGCCUUUCCGGUGACGUAAUAAUAAAUCAGCUCGGGGAAAGAUGGCCGUCCUUCUAUGUGUACGACAUGGACACUUCCGGUUCCUUUAUUCAGGUUGCCAACCUCCAGUUCGCCAUCGCCGAUACCAGAAUAAGAAUGAACUCCUCGUUCACGAAGAUCACCUGGGGAGACGGAAGAACGACGGAUGACCCGUACAUCCCGCCGGAUACGCCCGACUGUGGCUUCUACAACGAGUUCUGUACCCCGGACGCGCCGACCACCAGUAAGAACUGGAUAUUCGCAGAGUCAAUAUCCAUGUCACCAAAGUUCCGUCCCGAUACACGAGAUCCUGAGUCGUACGAAGCCGUGAUUAUUGGAGUGACCGUCACCAUGUUGUUUGUUUUCCUCGGCCUCUUCCUCCUAUACAGGUGGUGGCGCGGCGAGCAAGACCUUAAGAACAUGACGUGGAAAAUUCGCCACGCCGACCUGGUCUUCACGCCGAACAACCGUCUUCAGUCAUCAACGUGCGUGUCAGGACGCUUCACGAGCAGCGCCCUGAGUGUGGAGACCGGAAGUGUGACCGGCAAUAGCCGCCAGGGGGCACGCUCCACGUAUUCCCUAACGCGAGGCCAGAUCUUUACCACUGUGGCGGACUACAAGGGACAGCUAGUUGCGGUGAAGAUGAGCACGAAACGGAAGCUGAACCUCGACCGGCAGUUUCUUCUGCAAAUGAAACAUUUGUCCGCCCUGAAACACCCGAACGUGACGUCAUUUGUCGGCGUCUGCACUGAGCCCGAGCGGAUAUGCAGCGUCUGGGAAUACUGCACGAAGGGAAGCAUUCAGGAUGUCAUCGAGAACGACGACAUCCGACUGGACACGAUGUUCAAGCUGUCCAUAGCCGUCGACGUCUGCCAAGGACUGGAGUAUAUCCACAAGAGCCCAAUCCGUUACCAUGGAAACAUGAAGAGCUCCAACUGCGUCAUCGACAGCCGCUGGGUGUGCAAGCUGACGGACUUCGGUGUUCGGAAGAUCAAACCUGACGUGGACACAGAGGAGAGCGUGGGGGAACACGCCUUCUAUGCGCGCCUGUUUUGGACGGCUCCGGAAAUUCUACGCCGGAUAUUAGCCAAGGAACGACCACAGCGGACGGCCAACGCGGACAUAUACUCGCUGGGUAUUGUCAUGAAGGAGCUCCUGUGUAGGAACGAACCGUACGCCGCAGAGGCAUUCCUCUCACCGAAAGAGAUCAUACAGAAGAUCACGAGCCCCGUUGACGCGGAAGUGCUGUUAAGACCGGCCAUCUCGAACACAGAGUUGGACAGCGAGUAUAGAAGAACGAAUAUGGAGUACAUGAUUCAGCGCUGCUGGGCGGAGGACCCGGAUUCGAGGCCCACCAUGAAGGCCAUACUGCGCACAUUGAACAAGAUCAACCCUUACAAGAAGUCCAAUGUGGUCGACAACAUGAUGGCGAUGAUGGAGAAGUACACGAACAAUCUCGAGGAGAUCGUCGCGGAGCGCACCGAACAGCUCCAGGACGAGAAGCGAAAGACGGACGCGCUCCUCUACCGGAUGUUGCCCAAGAAAGUUGCAGAUGACCUGAAGUUCGGACGCUCGGUCCAGGCGGAGGCGUUCGCUUCUGUGACCAUCUACUUCUCGGACAUCGUUCAGUUCACAGAUCUCGCGAGCGAGAGCACGCCUCUUGAGAUUGUGGCCCUGCUGAACGCUCUGUAUACGCUGUUUGAUGACAUAAUCUCACAUUAUGACGUUUACAAAGUGGAGACGAUAGGCGACGCGUACAUGAUCGUCAGCGGACUUCCAGAACGUAACGGCACGCGUCACGUGAAGGAGAUUUGCGGCGUGGCGCUCAACAUCCUGACCAGCGUUCUCACCUUCACCAUCCCGCAUCAGCCACACAGACAGCUAGCGAUCCGAAUAGGUAUCCACACGGGCCCCGCGGUGGCGGGCGUAGUGGGCCUGACCAUGCCCCGGUACUGCCUGUUCGGGGACACUGUAAACACCGCCUCCCGGAUGGAGUCCAGUGGAGAAGCAUUGCAGAUCCACAUAAGUCCACAGACCAAGGCCGCGCUAGAUGAAUACCCUGAAUUCAUCGUUGAGAAGCGGGGAGAAAUUCCCGUCAAGGGCAAAGGGCUGAUGACAACGUACUGGCUGGUCGGCAUAGACUCAAAGGGAGCAGACGACCCCACUGAACGUAAAGAUACUGAGACUUCCGGUUUCGAGGACGCGCUAGAAGAUGACGGGAACAUAAACGGGCCAUCGCAGGCAUGUGGUAAAAAUCCCGAGGGCAAAAUAAGCCUCGCGGACUCUGGCAUUGGUAUUGACCGGAUACUAGACGAGAGGUUCGGUAACGUUGAUCUAGGUAUGGGCUAUGAACGUCUGUUUGGCAUAUCCGAUAAGCACUCGUUUUCAGACAAGGGCUUGGCAGGAUUGGGAAAUGGGGAAAGUUCAAACAGCGGCGAUAACGUCAUUGGUGAUCGCCCCGCGGUUACAAGCGAUGCCAAGGCAUUGAAGUUAAGAUUGAAUAGUUCUAAUAUUGAUCGGUCUUCUGAUGAAGGUACGAUAAAGAGUGAAUCUGUGAAGAAAAAGAAAAAAAAUGCAAAACAUCGGAAGCAGUCCAAUAAAUUUGGCCGCAUCGGCCCAAAUCGAACUGAGCCUGCGGAUACAUCUGUUACGUCACAACCCGAGCCGUCAUGUGAUACAGAAUCAACGCCACCGUUCAGGCUUUUCACAAAGAAAGCCGUGUCUGAUAAACUAGACUGGUUAAAUGACGAUUACUAGAAGUUCCUAACAUCCAGGACGAAUUCCGGGCAUGAAGCAGAUCGUGAGAACAAAAAAUACUGUAAUUCCAUUUCUCCACGUGUGUAAAGUGUCGUCCUUUGCUAGUAUGUGUUGUUCGAAUAGGAUGAUUCGGACAGAGAUAGUCCGAUCAUGGUAUUUAGAUCUUAUUUAUGUUCCGAACAAAAUCUGUUAUAGUUCUGAACAUUUUGACAUCAAUUUAAAAACAUGGUCAGGAAACAUUUAUAUAGGAUCUGGCAAGAUUUGUCAUAUCAUACCAUAUUUUAUUAAACGAGUCCACGAAUUUUGUUAGUAAGCGAGCCUUUGGCGAGCUUACUAACGAAUUUCCUGGACGAGUUUAAUAAAAUAUAGUAUGGUAUGACAACGAGUGUCAGAUUUUUUUAUCACAUGCUUUUAAAUGAGCAAAUUAAAUAAAUAUUUAUGCAGACAUAAUGAUAAAUCUCGAAUGUUGUUUACAUUUCGUGACGUCAUUUGACGUUGCAACGUCAUUUGAGCAAAAUAACAUAAUGCGAUUGGUCAAUCUAACGAAAACUAAGCCAAUGAAAACGCUUAAAAAGUAUAUUUCACAUGUGUUUAAGAUAUAUAGGAUCUGGCACGAGUUGUCAUAUCAUAUCAUAUUUUAUUAAACGAGUUCAGGAAUUGUGUUAGUAAGCGAGCCUUUGGCAAGCUUACUAACGAAUUUCCAGGACGAGUUUAAUAAAAUAUGGUAUGAUAUGACAUUGAGUGUCAGAUCUUUUUUAUCACAUGCGUUUAAAUGAGCAAAUUAAAUAAAUAUUUACGCAAACAUAAUGAUAAAUCCUGAAUGUUGUUUACAUUUCGUGACGUCAUUUGACGUUGCAACGUCAUUUCAGCAAAAUAACAAAAUGCGAUUGGCCAAUAAAUGAAAACUAAGCCAAUGAAAACGCUUAAACAUGUUGUAUUACACAUGUGUAAUAAUAAAAAAAUAUGUAAUGGUUGCAUUAGAUCUACAUGGGAAACAGGGUAUAGCAUGUGAUAAAAACUAUUCGUAAUGGUUAUAUUACAUUGGAAACAGGGCAUGGCAUGUGUUAAAAUAAAACAGGCUUUUAAUUUUGAUUUCUGCAUGGACAAUUUCAUACGAGACUGUCAAAUCGGCAUUCUUUUAUGGGGUACUAGGUAUGAGAAACAUUAUUGACGUCAUAUAUCUGAUUCCUGAUAUUUCACUUUGUAUGAAUGUCCAUCUAUCGAAUGUUUAUUAAAUGUAUAAAAGAUAUAGAA